UGCAGUAGGGCCGAGGAGCUUAAGGAAAAUAGGAAGCGUACAUUGGCUUUGUGAAUAAAAGUGUAAAUUGGUGUCAGUUAGUUAAGAAAAGCCGAUCCUGCCAGAUAGUAAAGUUCAGAAUCCUAGCAUCAGUUCACCGGAAGGAACCUUAAAGGCCGUCUUGUUUAUCGACCUAAUACUUGAACGUUUGUGAGAACAUCUCCACCACGCGGUGGACGCAUGGAUGCUUAAAAUCUUCCGGUGAACAGUAAAUUUCGGACUGCCCAUUCAUCUUUUUUAUUCAUUCAGGCGCUGUAUGGAAGGCAAAAUGUCGAGAAAAACGAAUGAGGCCUGCUCUGAAGCGGGGAGCCCCACGUGUAGAAAAAUGAGUGUAAUGACGUGUUUGGGGUGCCUAAAUACAGUUGUUCCCUAUAGGAUGCAUUAAGACUAUAAAGAAGGGGCGUGGUUAGUUCUCCAUGAAAGAGUCGGCAGUCUUUUUAGAGAAGGUGACAGUUGAGGAAAACUUAGAUAUGCUAACAACAGCAAUUAUAAAAAUGAUGUCAUGAUCAGAAAGGAGGCUUAUGUACACAAGAGUGUAAUGGAGGAACUGAAGAGAAUUAUUGAUGACAGUGAAAUUACAAAAGAAGAUGAUGCUUUGUGGCCUCCCCCUGACAGGGUUGGCCGGCAGGAGCUUGAAAUUGUAAUUGGAGAUGAACACAUUUCUUUUACCACAUCAAAAAUAGGUUCUCUUAUUGAUGUUAAUCAGUCAAAGGAUCCUGAAGGCCUUCGAGUAUUUUACUAUUUGGUACAGGACCUGAAAUGUUUAGUUUUUAGUCUUAUUGGAUUACAUUUCAAGAUUAAACCAAUCUAAAUUGUGUGUUUUUUGAAACUUGUUUAUAUUUAAUUAAGGGAUGGGUGAGGGAGGGUUUGUCAUUUAUGAUGUUGGGGUUUUUAUGAAUGUGAAGCAGGCUUCUUUUGUAUGCAAAUUGAAAAUAAGAAAAUACAUAAACAGGCUUAAUGGUUAUCUUCACUUGGGUCCAAGUGGAUUGGAUAGUCCCCACACACAUUAAAUUCUCUAAAUAAAAGCCACCUUUAUUGAAGUUUUGCUCCAAUAAAAUAUAUCAAAGCCUGGA